AUUAUUAUUAUUAUUAUUAUUAUUUAUGAUUAUUUUUUUUUUUUUUAAAACUAUCUGUUUUUUUUAGAUUAAUAUCCACCGUCCAUCUAAACUAAUAAGGACGAGGUUAGUGUCAUCGACUCAAUCGUCUUUCUAUUUCACCACCGCCUCAAAUACAAUUUCUUUCGGAACAUCCUCCACUGUAUCGUCUUCUCCUCACCUUUACCACCGCCUUAUCUCCCUUCUCUCAUAUCUCUCUUUCUCUUUCUUUCUAGAUGGUUCCCACUGCUACCCGUCUCCCACACUACUCUCACCUCUGAUCUAUCUCGCUUGAUCAAUCGACUCAAUCAACAGUUGGUGUGCAAAGCAUAAACCCUAUCUCCUAUGCAAUUAGGGUUGGUCGGCGAUUAGGGCUUCGAAUUGAGUUUCAUUCGAUUCUCCACCAGGUUUAUAACUCUACAAUUUUCUCAUAGAGAAGGCAUAUUCAUAGCUGAAUCCCUUACCUCAUAUCGAUGCAUUGAUGCCUGAUGUCCUGCUGACGGAGGUCGAAGUGGUGGAAUUGAAGUCCGUUUUUGACCUCCACUCAAGGAUGUUCUUAAACUUGCUUAUGUUGACUAAUCUAAACAGGUCGUUGAUAACCUCACUGAAGCUAUUAUGGAGAGUAGCGUAUAUGAUAAGAAUAGGGAUCCUUCGCAACAUGAGAUUCUGUAGGUUUUUAACAGAGAAAUCGAUUUCAAUCCUCCCAGAAACUUCUAUCGCUGAAUCUCUGCUUCCAAGCUCAAGUUUUACAAAUUUUAAAGUGAUUGUGCACCUUGUGUCGGAUUCUGAUGUUGCUGCUGGUCAUGUAGACAACAUAUUUCAAGCUAGAAUCAUGCCUUUCACUGAUGACAGAACCAUAGUUACUUCUGCUGCUGAUGGCCAGGUUUUUUAUCAGGGAAGAUGGGAUUAUUUCUGAAUCAAGCUUUUUAGAUUCAAGAAAUAUAGUUAUGAUCAAGAACAUCCCUAAUAAAUAGAGGUACCUCUUCUUCGAAGGGGAAGGAGCUGGCGCGGUAGUGGUACAUCACACACAUGCUUUGUAUUCCGCAUUAUGAUAUGUUCCUGGGGAAUUGUACUCUGACACUUUUAUGUUUAUAACAAUGUUUUUCCGACAUGCAACAUCUUUUGUGAAAUGAUAUGAUCGUUGAACGAUUUAUUCCUAUAUGUUUUGCUAAGUACCCGUUUUAAAAAUGAAAUUUUUGGCUCGUAUUUUUGGGAUGUUACAAGUUGGUAUCAGAGCCCUGGUUUGAGGGACUCGGACACACCUUCAGGGGUGUCUAAACUUAAAUCGAGGGAUUAAAAGAUUUUAAGAAAGAAAAUAUUUUCGGAAAAGCUAAGAAAAGAGUUUUAAGAAGGAAUGAAGUGUGUGAUGUGCGUGACCGGCCGAGCUCAAGUAAGUAUUCCCCAAAGUACCCAUACAAGCUUAUGUUAUGUUAUCAGUUUCAGUAGAACAACAUGCUAGAAUAGGACUAAGGAUCUAGGAGUGAUGCCUUAUAUGCCUGUUUUAUGUGCUUCAGUGUAAAAAAAACGCAUGUUAGAAUUGAGUAGACAGCAGUAGAAUAGCCUGUUUAGGUUAUGCCUGAUAGUAUGAGUUUAGCACUGUAUGCUAGUUCAGUUUCUCUCUAUGAGAACGGAUUUGCUUGAGAUUGUUCCCUUUUGUAUGAAUGCUGCUUGCUUUGUGCUUUGUGGGAUUCUGAGUGGUGGGAGUUAUCCAUUAAGUGAAUACGUCACGUCACAUGUGAUCAGGGUUGAAUAAUCUUAGAGUGUUGGAUUUGGCCCUAUUGCGCAGCUCUCGUUUGAGUCUAACCGUUAUAAGGACGAAUCUGUUAUUCGAAGGAUUAUCUGAGCCUCAUCGCAUGUGAUGGUGUUCAGGUAAUGGCUAACUGACAUCACAAGGAGGCCUUCAGCAGCUGAGAACGGUUCUAAAUCAAGUUUAUGUUGUUAAAGGAGUAACAGAAAGACAAACAAUAGAACUAAAAAUUUUGAUAGAUCAAGACAAUGCUGGAGGUUGUGACGAUUUCUUCUGGUCAGCUCCUACUGAUAAUGCAGACGAAACUGUUGGCUUGUCAGAGCAAACUUCAUGGAGGGUGAAAGGUAAAUACGUACCAGAACCCAUUAACAAACCCUCAAGUUUCGCCAAACCAAGCGCAAGUGGAACGAAAGAAAUACAAGAAGAACCCAGUAAAGAGUCUCAUCCAGCCGUAACUUAUAAGGAAAAUCGAAAUCAAAACGCAAAGCCAAAACCAAGCUUCAAUAUCCAUAAAUCUCAGAAACAACUGGCCGAUCAAAAGCGCCAAAGAAAUCAAAGGUACAUGAAAAAACUUGCGUGAGAGAAAACAGUUUUGGAAGUAUCAAAAUUCUGACUUUGUCCAAAUCAAGAAGGAUGCUUAAGCUGGUAAUCAAUCAUACAAGGCAGGCAAUCAGUUAAACCAAAAUCCUAGUUUCGGUCCAAAUUCCUUUCACUCUAAAAGUUCCUUUCACUCUAAGAGCUGAACCUCCAGUCUCGGUUCAAAACCCAAGGAUCACAGCCGAACCUCCAGUCUCGGUUCAAAACCCAAAGCCGAACUUCUAGUCUCGGUUCACAAUUCUUGAAAACUGUUAAAGGAAAAGGAAAGCUUGAUGCUGAGAAAAAUAAUACUAACAAGAAAAAGUUAGCUGAACCUAGGAAUACUAUGAAAAUUCAUGCUAACAAAACACCAUCUAAUACACCUCAAUUUAAACAAGAUAAAAAUAAAAUAAAGGUGUACACCAUCAAACACAAAGACGAAACCACUUUGGUUAAACGAAAAUAUUUAGUUGAUCUUGUUGUUGUUAUUUCCUUUUAUGUGAAAAACUUACCAGGGCCCAAGAAACUUUGGGUUCUUAAAUCUACUUAAAUUUGUAGGUGUUAAGUGACGAGCAGUUCGACGAAGAAUGGUAUAUUGACAGUGGCUGCUCACGUCACAUGACCAGCAGGAAAGAAGAGCUGAGGGAUUUUCGGUCCCUAAAAGAUGGUGGAUGUCUGAAGUAUGGGAACAACUCGUUUGGAACAAUAAAAGGAUAUGGUAUGAUAACAAAUGGGGAAUUCUCAAUUAGAAAAUUUGCGUACAUGGAAGGUUUGCGGCACAACCUCAUUAGUGUUUCGCAACUGGUGGUUGGAACUGGAGUGAAAGUUUCGUUUGAUGAUGAGGGAUCAGAAAUCAUUGAGAAGAACAUGAAGAAGGUUCUAUUGAAGUGUCACACCCCAAAACCAAGAACGGCGGAAACGUUUUGGGGUGGAGGACGUCAUGUAUAAUAUCAACAACAAUGUCAAGUAGUAAACAAGCAACAACAUCAUCCAUUGCAUUAAUAAUAUAAUUAUGAUACAAAUGUGUUCUGUCAAAUUUUGAUAAACACUAAAGCAUAAAUCAAAAUGAAAGAUAAGUCUUGAACAAGCUCCAUCUUCCUUUCUCCUUGCAUCGGUACCAGUCUAUGAUGACCAGAGGAUACAAGUAAUUUUGAAAGCGAGUAUCAGCUUUGAAGCUGGUGAGAUCAUAAGUAUUUAGUGUCUUAAUUUGUAAGUAAGUAUUUGUAUGUAAGAAUUUGUAAGUCUAUGUAUUGUAAGUAUUGAAAGUGUAUAUGAAUUGUAAGUGUUUGAAAAACCCUAGAAAUCCCUAUGAUUCCUACUAGUAUAUGAAGGUGUCUUCUACCAAGACCUAAAUGUUCUGAACGUAGUCUUCUACCAAGACCUAACUGUUUUGAAUGUAGUCUUAGUACUACCCUUUGGUACCAGGGUAACUAACGAUGUUAACUGAUGACAUUCGUAGAUGUACAUUUACCUCUGUUGCUAACAGCUGGGUAUAGGAAUAGUCAGUCCCUUAAAGUAUACAUGUAAUGGUAUCAACCGUUGAUAUCCGUGGAUGUGCUUUUACCUCUGUAGCUAACAGAGAUUCUAGGAAUGGUCAAUCCCGCAACGUUUCCUUUGGUACUAGGAUAUUAAACCCAAUCUAUCUCGUCGAUUAUGUGAUUGUAUCACAAGGUAAAGAUAAGAAUGAGGAUUUGAUAACAGAGUCUAUACAUAUAAAAUGUAAUAGAACUCACCCUACAAUAUCUAUGUAAAGGUGCUCAUAUAAGUGUGAUCAUGUAAUUGUACUUAUGUAAGUGUGAUCAUGUAAUAGUAUAAUAGUGUACUGUAAUGUUAUACGUGUGCUAGCUGUAAUGAGUGUUCUCUCUAUCUAGCAAGUAUAGUAAUGUACUGUAAUGGUCUACGUGUGCUAGCUGUAAUGUGUGUUCUCUCUAUCUAGCAAGUAUAGUAAUGUAUUGUAAUGUUCUACGUGUGCUAGCUGUAAUGUGUGUUCUCUCUAUCUAGCAAGUAUAGUAAUGUACUGUAAUGUUCUACAAGGUAUUGACUCAUGAAUGAACUGACUCAUUGUAUGAUAUCGUGUUCUAGUAAUAGUUCUAGUAUCUUCCUAAACUACCUAUAUGGUAGUUUACUAGUAGUCUAACUGGUACGUAUGGACAUGGAUGUAUACCCUUGCUACCCAAGGGCAUGAGAUGAAUUGGAAGGACCUUUUAUGACUAUAUAUGUACACAUGAUAUAUAACUAAUAUCUAAACGACUUUCGGACGAAUACCCAAUAUCCCACCAGACCACAUCUUAAGCGCGAAAAGGAAAUAGGAUGGAUAGCCUUCCUAAGUCUUUUAAACAUUUCUUAUAUAACUAUACAUAUAGAGGCAUGCAAUUUAUAAUAUAAAAGCAUAAAUAAGUUUUGUAAGACAUUUGAAACAUAAAUAUUAUUUUAAGAAAAGAUCGACUUGAUGUCAAUCUAUAAAACAAUUUGAAGGCAUAAGUUUGAUAAAACAGUUUAAGUAUAAGGAAACAUUUGUUUGAAACACAGUUGUAAAUAACUUUGAAAUGUAAUGUACAGAGUAAGAUGCACAGUGCAAUAAGGAGUUUAAAACAUAUAAAAUGUUUAUAAAAAUCAUUUGAAGGAAACUGUUUGGUAAAACGGCUAAUGAGUAGCCAAAUCACAUGUGAUUUAUUAAUCACAUGUGAUUUAUGGAAUAACUAGCAUAACUCUACUUAUUAAUCACAUGUGAUUGAUAUAAGAAGUAGCAUGAUUCUACUUGUAUCCCCCCCCCCCAUAAAACAUUUAAAAUUAGUUUAAAACAUUAGUUAAGGGGUAUGAACUCUCCUGCAGUAAAUGACUGGAAUUGAACUGACUGUUAUCGUACGGAAGGAUCAGACAAGUGCUUGGUGUCAAGUGAAGACUUAGACACACACAAUGAUCCUAAUUACAUAUGAAAACAUAUGUAUAUAAAUAAUUAGUGAUUAAAACACUAAUUAUACAAGUAUAAACAUUUAGACGCGAGGAAAACACUUUUGGUCAAGUGCUACGAGGCUAAUGGGUUAAAACAAAGGAGUGUAAUGCCCCUAAUGGGAGUUUAAGGUCUAAUGACCAUAUUCUUUGGAGUUUACGGCCCAGGGGAGUAAACUCCUGGCCGUAAACUCUCAACCAAGGCUCUAAAUGGUGCUUAGAAUUAUUACAACUCCGGUGGUGAAUUGUUUCAAGGCUAUAACAAGUGUUUGGGUGCCAUACAAACUCCUAUGGGGAGUUUACGGCCCAGAGACCAUAUUCCCUUGGAGUUUACGGCCGUAAAUUCCCUUGGGAGGGUUUUUAUGGUGUUUUCAAGUCUCAAACAUUUCUAGGUAAUGAUCUAUGUUGGGUUCUAGGCAUAAGGAAUGAGUUAGGGUGUCAUUUGACCCCUUUAUAGGUGUUUACGACCCAAGAGUUUAUCUUGGCCAUAAACUCCUUUUUCCUUGUGAUUCCUUAUGUUUUCUUGGCUUUAAACACUUUAGGGUACUUGUCCUAAUUGAAGUCUAAGCUUAAGGAGGUGUUUCAAAGCAUUUUGGCAUGUUCAAGGGAGUUUACGGCCUAAGAUAUUCUUGGGCCGUGAACUCCCAAACUUGGGUGAUUCUAGGUUGAUUUCAUGUCCCUAAUACAAGUAGAAUACUUUCUAGGCAUUUGUUUAAGGCUAUGGAGGAUCCUAGGCACACUUUGGUGCCCUUAUUUGGUGUUUACGGCCUAAGAGCAUUCUCUUGGCCGUAAACUCCCUUUAAGGGUGUCUUUGAUUGUUUCCUAGUCUCAAAUGAUCAUAUAUAUUAUCCUAAGCUAGUUACCUAACAAGGAAAUGGGACUAGAUGCCCUUUAAGCUUCAUUUUGGAGUUUACUCCCCUAGAACGUUCUUGGGCGGUAAACUCCCGGAUCUCAUAUAUUUGACAUACACUCUAUGUUAAUAAGCAUAAAACAAGCAUUAUAACACAACUAGAGAAGUGUACUCACGAUUUGGGAUGAAAACCCGAAGAUCCGUGAGAGAGAACACGACUUUCUCUAGUUGGAAAUGUGAAUAAUGAAUGAAUUUAGUUCAGAAAUCUAUUUAUAGUCCUGAAAUACUUUUGGCAGAAAAUAUUUUUAUUCCUGGAACGAACUCUAAUGUCCUAGAGUCUUGGAAUAACAGUGUUGCACAAAACCCUAGUGCAUCCACUCUCUCCUAAUAUCUUCUUAAGUGUAAAAUCCUGAAAACGGCCAAACUUAUACUUGAAAUCUGAGUUUUCACUGUAACCGUUCUAACUUCUAUUGGAUUGAAAUGGUUUGUUCAGAAUGGAAAUUUCGGGUUGUCACAUCAUCCCCCUGUUGAAGGGAAUUUCGUCCCAAAAUUAGAGUUUAAGCAAGGAAGUAUGUACGAAUGAUCGAGUCGUGAGGAGGAAACUUCCUAAUCGAUUGGUUCUAGCGCACUUAAGUGAAAUCGGGUUCUCGGUUGGCAUUCCAACGAACCUUCACUAACUGGCGACGGCGUUGCUUCGUCCGCUUGACCUCUCGGUCGAGGGCCACUACGGUCCUAAUACGAAGGCGAGGAUCUCGACAUGUGGACUUACUAGAGUCCUAACGGAAAAGUAUGGUUUCACGAUCGAGACGCGAAGAGUAGAAUGUACGUUAUUGAGUUCGCGGAGUAGGUCUAGUUUGUGCGAGGCGCAGGACUGAUUCUGACAAGAAUCUCAGAGGUCCUGUCUAUCUUGGAUUUAGCUUUCGACGCUUUACGAAGCGUAUUAAGCCAUUCCCAGAGUGAGUUAUCCUAAAGAACUUGGUCACUCACUUGGAAUCUCAAAGGUUCCUUUUCUUGCGUAACUUCCCAGUCAAGGGCCACCCCUUGCUGGGUCAAAGUCGUACGAGUUUCUGUAGCUUGCGAGGAGUUCUGAAUGAACUAAGGCCGUAGGUCGGUAAGACCUAGAAUUUGGCGAAAGACUGCCGGUGACUCUGGUGUCGACCAAUGCUCAUCGGCUUUGACAAAUUGAAAGAGUACUCAAAAUUUCCCACAUUACUAACAGUGUGUCAUAGAAAUUUGACUCUUCAAUUUCAAGACUCGUGUCUAGAGAACUUCGCUAAAGUUCCUCUGUAGGAAAUGUUUCCCUGGGUUUUCUUCUUACUACGAGGGUAGAUAAGUAAGUCGUUACAUGGAGAAAUGACGAAUUGAUCCAAGUAAGAAAAGCGCACCCUAUUCAUUUAGCUCAUGAAAACUAUGGGCGUAUUGGUCCUAUCCGAAGGGUAUCACUACGGACUUGAAGUGUCCGCAUCGAGUUUAGGAGAUAGUCUUCCGGACACCUUUCCCUAACACUCGGACUGGUGAUAUUCGGAUCUCAGGUCCAUUCCUGAAAGUAAUUCUUUCCUUGCGUUUGCUCAACCAUUUCAUCUAUGUGAGGCAGAGAUAACGAUUUCUAAUGAAAAUCUUGACGGAGUCCUCGAUAUCCAAGGCACAUACGAUGCAAUCCGUCAAUCUCUGGGAGAAUAAGACUGGGGUUCUCCAGGGUGAGAAGCCUAGUCUUUUAAUUCUCUUUCUGUGUAGUUCGUUAAGUUGUUUGUACUGUUAUGGUAUCUCCGUGGGUGUUUAGACUAUAGGGUGAUCUGUUUACAAGAGUCGUACUGGGUUCUAUGUUUGUUCACAUGACGAUGUGAUUACUCGUAGACUUAAGCAGUUCUCCGUCCUGAAGUUCAUAUUAGAAUUCAUACAUGGUUUCACAAUCACAACUUCGGGUAUACGAGUCGUAUAUAAUUAAGAUUGAAAAGGUUGUCGAAUAACUGAUUCUUCUUUAAGCUCACAUCCCAUCGGGAAAAAAAGAAGUUAAAGUGGAAUGAUCAAUUCUAAACCUGUAGAAGCUUGAUUAUAUAUCACCCUUAUGUAUACCUUCCUCAGUGAUAGAUCAAUCGCAUGAAUCCUUGGAUUAAACUUGACGUACUGCCCGAGUGGUACUUCAGGGAUUUCUUCAGAAAGAAAAUAACUAGGAGGUACUCCUGGCAUGAGUACUUCGGUGUUCUGAUAUGACGGCUUCGCUGGAAAUGUGAUCUAGAAGAAAGAGAUGUACGUAUGAAGCUGUUUUCGUGAGGAUCAAAUCGAAUCGAGUCGUAUGAUAAUGUCGGAAUCAUACUGAAACUUAAAGACAUUAGAUUUGAACAUAAGACGUUUUACCGACAAAACACAACCGUGCAACCAUGAACAAAGUUACGGUACUUUAGAUUUACCACAAGACUAUUGCUACGAAUAAGGUAUACUACAAAAGACAAGUAUACGCAACACGAGAAUCCCUAUACAGAUAGGAUCUCGCAAAAGGUAAGACUCUAGUUGUAUUAGUUCUGGAUAGUUUAUAAGUCUGUUACAACGAAACGCCUUAAUUACAUUAACGUGGUUUCCGGAGUAGGCUCUCCUGCAGCUGUGAUCCAGAGAAUCUUCCCAUCAUCACCCGAGUUCUUUGUUAUCGGGCAAUCUUUCUUGAAGUGCCCAAUUUCACCGCAUUGGUGACAUAUCUGGAUAGCACCAAUAUUGGUGGUGGAAGUGAAGUGUCGAGUAGGAGUUAUGGGGUCACGGUUGUUUUCAUUGAUCUUCUCUUUUGGACAAUUUAUGUGAUAAUGCCCUGCCUCACCACAACUAUAGCAAACUAGGCUUGCUCCAGUGGUGGAGGUAGUUCUACAGAAACGAGCAAUGUGCCCCGUCUUGUUGCAACUAUUGCAUUGCCAGGCUCGGCAAAUUCCCUUGUGGUGGUAGUUGCACCGGUCGCACUUCGGGAGUGUUCCUUUGUAGGGUCUGCUCGGUACGGGAACGGCAGGGGUUUCCACUUGCUGUUGUUGUGUAGCCAGCCUUUGGGAUCUCUUGCGUUCUUUCUAGGCAUGAAGCUUUCGUUUCUUGUUCUCUGCUUUUCGGCUUUGCGAGCCUGUGGCUGUUACUGUUUGGCGACUUCCUGGAUUGAUACUACGAUUGGAAACUUCAUUCCCAUCAGCUGCAUUGACUGUGCUGAUAGCGCUACGGUGCGCAAGGACCGCGGUUACGGCAGCUACCACGGCAGCUGUAACUGCUGUUUGAAAGGUAGCGGCGUCCAUAGGAAAAGCGGAGGUUUCCGUGUUCGACUGAUUGCUUCCGGAUGAUGACAUGAUUCUGUAACACGAAAGAUAAGGAUUUUGUGAGCGAUUCUAGUUGACCCUGAUGUACUUAGAUUGUUCAUGUAAAGAGUAGAAGUAUGUUCUCGAAAGUUUGACCUGCAUCCCUAUGAUACAGUCCUAGUACAGCAUGAAAGUAUGUUCGUGAAGGUUUGACCUACAUCCCUAUGAGGCAGUCCUAGUAAUGAGUAGAAGUGAAUUCGUAGAAUGGUCUCAAAACGUUCGUCGUUCGAGCUGGGGUAUCGUGGGUUGGUGAAUAACAAGAUCCAACCACUGAAAGAGACUUGGAAAUGUCUCCGGAGAUAAAUCACAAUAGUCCAAUGACUUGACUAAAGCAUGUUUCAGAUAGACUCCAAUGAGAGUAUGAUAAGAGUACUUUGAAUAAAGGAAAUGACACAGAAGUUAGCCGGCUGUCAAUAUCUUUGAUAUUCACGAUGUAAAGAUUCUGGAAAAUGACCUUGUAAAGGUCUUACAUCAUAUCCACAAAAGAUAGUUCCUGACAGCAUAAAGACCUAACUAAACUACUUACGGUACAAGAUAAUUUCAUAGAAAAUGCCACAUCAGGCAUAGACAGAAAACACGAUUCCUUUUUAAUAAAGAAAUAAAGUAAAGCGUCUACUACUAGCGACGGUCAUCCCUCUGGUGAACUCUUAGUUCAGCCAAUUGACGUUCCACGUCAAGUAGGUGUCUGCUGUACACCCUAUGGCGUACUCUAAGUUCCAUGACUUCGGCUCGUGAUUCAGCUAGUGUUUGCAGCAGGGUUUCAUGGUUUCUCUCUGAUCUCUCAUGAGCAUCUUCUAGACGAAUGGUGUGGAGGGUAUGCAUUCUAGCAUAGGCGACUACUUCUGUAGUUUAAUGUAGGGCUGUCCUGCCUUGAAUCUCAUUUCGGGUCACUCUACGGACCAAGAUUGGCAAGACUCUAUCUGCUGAGCCCCCAUUAUUCAAGUCGUAAAAGCUUCGGUCGCCAUUAAAUGGCAUGGGCUGAUCUUGUCCUUGGCCCCUUGUUUCCAAGCAUUCCACUUACUCAGGGUCGGGCCAUGAAAAAGCCGGGCGAGGGUUAGGAAUUGGAAAGGGAGCUGCUCGGGGUAGGUUCUCAACCUCUGGUUCGGAGUUAGCAUCAUACGAAAGGUCUUCAUCAUGGUGAUCAUUCAAGGGGAUAGGAUGAUCAUUCUCUGGUUCUUCUCCAAACUAACCAGUUAUGACCUCACUCAGAAGGUACUGGUUACCGAGGGGAUGGAGUCCAGCUAUGUUAUUUAUGCGAGAAUUUAGGGUAAGAGAAUAAUUAUUAGACGAACUAUCUAGAUAAUUAUUUAGAAAACCUUCAUUAGUUACAUCGCUAUUUGUGAAGUGCAUACCAGCUAUGUGUAAUCUAAACAGGAUAGACCUUUGAAUAAGUGACCUUAAUUCCAAAUUCACACAGAAUAGGGGUAAGGCAAAAUUAUCACAGAUUCAAAGUCUAUAACAUCCUAAUUACAUAUAGCCUUAGUGUAUCCACUUAGAAACUAUCAACUUAGUAAUGAAGAUCCCGUUUUAGUUCUCAAGUAUAACGUACUUAUAGUAACACCAAAUACUCUUAUACUAUUUUAAUUUUAAUGUUAUGUUCUAUUGUUCUCAUUGUGAUAGGGUUGGUAAGAUUUUAGCAUUGUUGCAACCACACACUUAAACUUAGGCACAUGCUAGUCAACCCCCGGAUAAUAUAGGUGAUCAGGCUAUAUCUUCCCAGUUCUGACCAUAUGUCUCUAAGCCCACCUGUGUUGCCCAACAAUCGUAAUUCUUUUGUACUGUCCUAGUGACACUGAUUUUAGUAUGAAUGCAGCACGUAUACUUACUUAAAUAUUUUACUAUUUAAAGUAUAAACUCUUGGUCAGAGUAUUUUUAAUCCCUUAUGUAUUUAUAGUUAGUAUAUCUUUUAUGGGUUGAUAUACUUAAUUCACUAUAAACAACGCUCUGAUACCAAUCUGUCACACCCCAAAACCAAGAACGGCUUGAAACGUUCUGGGGCGGAGGACGUCAUGUAUAAUAUCAACAACAAUGUAAAGUAGUAAACAAGCAACAACAUCAUCCAUUGCAUUAAUAAUAUAAUUAUUAUACAAAUAUGUUCUGUCAAAUUUUGAUAAACACUAAAGCAUAAAUCAAAAUGAAAGAUAAGUCUUGAACAAGCUCCAUCUUCCUUUCUCCUUGCAUCGGUACCUGUCUAUGAUGACCUGAGGAUACAAGUAAUUUUGAAAGCGAGUAUCAGCUUUGAAGCUGGUGAGACCAUAAGUAUUUAGUGUCUUAAUUUGUAAGUAAGUAUUUGUAUGUAAGAAUUUGUAAGUCUAUGUAUUGUAAGUAUUGAAAGUGUAUAUGAACUGUAAGUGUUUGAAAAACCCUAGAAAUCCCUAUGAUUCCUACUAGUAUAUGUAACAUCCCAGAUUUCCAGGUAUCUUUUAUGUUUAUGAUUUUGGUGUUUUGAGAGGGGACUCGGCGAGUUGGAGCUCAGACUUGCCGAGUAGGAUUGAGAUUCUGGACGCGGGAUUCGCCUGGACUCGGCGAGUCCAAGAUAUGGACUCGGCGAGUCCGCGCUGUUUAAUGAAACCUUAAUUUCUCGGGUUUGGGACCUAUUUAAAGGGCCUUAUGGCCGUCAUUUGUGCUCACCAGUCCCUUGAGUGAAACCCUAAUCGAGUGUGAGCGUUUGGAGCAAAGUAGGAGGCCAUUAUUGAUCUUGAAGGUGUCAUUUUGCAAGGAAAGGGAGAAUCAGCUAAGGGGAAAGCAAGAGGAGCCAUUUUCUGAGAGUUUGGAGUCUAGAGCAUCACUAUUGUGGUAAUACCUUCGAGCUAUCCUCUUCUAUGUCGAUGUUUACAUUGAUUUAGGGCUUAUUGAACCCUUUUGUGGCUAGAUCUUGUGCUCCCUUGGUCCCUUAAGCGAUUUAGACCAUAGAUCUGGACCCUUGGAGGUCCAGAGUGUCCCUUUGCCCAAGCUUUUUGGGAAUCAAUGGAGGUUUUGGAUUGGAAUCCUUAUGCCUUAGGUCAAAAUGCUAUUUAUGAGCCAUGGUGUGUGUUAUGGACACCAAGUUAGGGGCUUUACGUGAUGAAUCAGUCUAGGAAGGCCAGAUCUAUGAAUUGUUGGAGCAGAUCUGACCUUAGAAGCAAGUUGGAGUGGUUGCAUGGCAUGGACUCGCGGAGUCCGACGAACAGACUCGGCGAGUAGCUUGAAGAUUGCCUUGAGUUCGCUCAGUGAGUGGUCCAGUUGAGUCAUAGGUUGACUCAGUGAGUUAGGGUGAGUUAGAGAGGGUUGACAGGUGGACUGAGUCGAGCUGGGACUCGCCGAGUUGUUCUUGAGACUCGGCGAGUUGAGUCGGGGUGGCCCCGCGAUUCUUCCAGGUGGAACUCGUCGAGUCAGGGGGAUUACUCGACGUGUAAAAAGGGAAUCCUAGAGAGUUGGUGAAAACGUCUAGACUCGCCGAGUUGCCCUUGUGCACUCGCCGAGUCCGGUCAAAGUUGACCGUUGACCAGAGUUGACAUGUGUUGACUUCUUAGGGAUAGUCAACCUUAGAGAUAAAAAGUGUUAAUUAGAGACAUGUGAUAUUAUAGGAGGAUUAGAGCUCGGAGGAUCGAGCACGAGGGACUUCCAGGAUUCAUGAGAUACCGAGAUACGCGAGAGGUAGAUCAUGGUGAGGACACGUUUGAUGCCCGAGAGCAGUGGUACCAGUGAGGAGGAGAUCCGCCGGAUCAUUCAGGAGGAGGUGGCUGCGGCCAUCAGGGCAGAGAUACCGGAGAUGUUUGAGUCUAUAAAGACCACAUUGAUUGAGACGUUUGAUGAGCGUUAUGCCGCUCUUUCUGAGGCUGCUGCUGCAGCGACUACCACAGCGAUUGCUGCUGUGAGGCCGCAGGGUGGUGAUGCAUUGCUGUUCCGCGAGUUCAGCAACACAAAACCACCAGAGUUUGAUGGGACUUAGGAUCCGGUGGCAGCUAUGAGGUGGAUAUCUGAUAUUGAGGGGUGUUUCUUCACUUUCUCGUCUCCUGAGCAUUUGAAGGUUCGGUUCGCGCUGAACCAGCUUCGCUUGGGAGUGAAGGACUGGUGGAAGUUUGUGACGGCGCAUUAUACGUCUACUGAGCUUUCGGCGGUGACCUGGGAGAGGUUCACUACCAUGUUCCGGGAUGAGUACGUUCCCCAGGUAGAGAGGGAGCGUUUGGCACAGGAGUUUCUGACCCUCAAGCAGGGUAGUGAGUCAGUUACAGCGAUCACGAGGAUGUUCCAUGAGAGGGUGAUGUUCUGCCCUGAGCACAUGUCCACUGAGCAGGCACGUAUGAGCCGCUACUUGAGCAUUUUGAGGUGGGAUAUUCGGGAGUUCGCUGCGAACUCCUCGUACCGGACAUUUGCCGAGCUUCAGGCAAAUGCCCGGAAGAGGGAGAUUGAGCUUGAGACUCAGGCCAGGGAGGAGGCGGAGUCUCAAGGGAGGGAUCGGCGACCGGCACAGUUGCAGCCGGCGGCCAAGCGGGCCAAGCCCGCUGAUCCCAGACCAGGGAGCCAGAAGGGCCGCACUUGCGGGAAGUGCGGCAAGGGUCAUGACGGAGUUUGUCGAGCGGGGUCUUGCUACAAAUGUGGCAAGGAGGGGCACAUGGCCAAGGACUGCCCCAAGGGGUUUGCAGUGUGUUUUCACUGCAACCAGACCGGACACCGGAAGGCCGAGUGUCCGCAGUUACGCGGAGCAUCUCAGGGAUCUGCUCCUGCCGCCAUCAGAGCUACAAAGAGUCGGCCUGUGAAGGCCGAGGCGCCGAGAGCUCGAGGGAGAGCCUUCCAGCUGACUGCGGAGGAGGUCCGCGCUGCGCCCGAUGUUGUGGCUGGUACUUUCCUUGUGAGCUCUGUACCUGCUUUAGUGUUAUUUGACUCGGGUGCGAGUCGGUCUUUUGUAUCUUUGGCCUUUAGUCAGCAUAUCAGUGUUAGUCGUGAGGCAUUGAGUCGACCUCUGAGAGUUUCCAUAGCUGACGAUAGAGUGAUUUGUGCCACGGAGGUUCUCCGGGGAUGUGUGUUAGAGAUUUUCGGGGUUGAGUUUCCGAUUGAUCUGAUUCCUAUUGCGAUGGGUGAUGUCUGUGUCAUUGUGGGCAUGGACUGGUUGAGCCGAUUCGGCGCGGUUAUCGACUGUGAGCGUCAGCUGGUGACCAUACGAAACCCUAAUGGAGGAGUUCUUUCAGUGUACGGCGAGGGUACACGUUCAGGAUCAGCUUUUUGUUCGGCCGCUAGGGCGAGGCAGUUUCUACAGCAUGGCUGUAAGGGUUUUGUGGCGUAUGUGAUGGAUACGCGAACGACUUCCGAGAGACCGAGUUCAGUUGAGGAGGUACCGGUGGUGCGUGAGUUUCCAGAUGUUUUUCCCGAGGAGUUGCCGGGUGUGCCUCCUGUGAGGCAAGUGGAGUUUGGUAUUGAUUUGGUUCCGGGGGCCGCACCUAUCGCUAAGGUGCCUUAUCGUCUUGCACCUCCAGAGAUGCAGGAGUUAUCCUCGCAGCUUCAGGAGUUGCUGGGGAAGGGAUUUAUUCGGCCGAACAGCUCGCCGUGGGGAGCACCUAUUCUGUUCGGAGGAUUAGAGCUCGGAGGAUCGAGCACGAGGGACUUCCAGGAUUCGUGAGAUACCGACAUACGCGAGGUACUAGCGAUGACCGUGGGAAGGCGCCGGCUUGAUCCGUACACACAUAGGGGAUUUUGCUAUACUUGUGAUCUUGGGAUUUUGUAUGAUGUGAAUUGAGAUUUAAACUUGAUGUUUUUAUGAAAAGUUAAUGA